UUGCACUGAUGCAAAAACAAGCUUGGGGAUACUGUAGAGCUGAAAAAACAUCACAAUGGGGUGCAAAACCUAUCCAGGAUCUGUGCUGUAUUCGACAGGUUAAAACGCUUAAGUGCACGGACGACGCAAAACGAGAACAGAUACUGUCUGAAUCAUUUUCAAAAAUUCUGUCAGUCGUUCCGAAUUCGGCGCUUGCAAAACACGUCAGGGGAAGAAAUAUUAACAGGAUCGAGUUUCAUUCUGGAAUAAGCGCUAGAUCAACUGGACCUGUCAUCAGUAUCUGCACAAAAGAUGAGCUACGUUUGCUGAUAUCGCAUUGUGAUACUAUCACACAACCGGCACUUUCACUUGAUAACGUGUUUCUAGCACCCGGGCACAAAUUGUUCUAUGAUGAAGCGGUCAAAACUACCAUAGAUCAAGUGCUCGAAAUUGGAUUGGAAACGUCAUCCCAGGAUACUAAAAUAUGGAAACUACAACGUGCGAAGAGAAUAACUGCCAGUUCUUGUUAUGGACUUUAUACGUACUCUAAGAACCCUAAAGCUAAUUGGGACACGAAGAUCAAGCGAUAUUUGAACCCGGUCAGCUUCGAGAAUAAAAGUACUCGCUUUGGCAAGGAUACAGAAGAUACUGCGUUCCUGUGUUAUUUAAAGAAGCGGAAUCCGAAUAUGAAGAAAACUGGAUUUAUCAUUCACCAUUAUGAAUCAUGGAUAGGAGGUAGUCCUGAUGGUGUUGAUCCGAUAUCAAGGGUUGUGUUGGAAAUAAAAUGCCCAACAGGUGGACAGGAACAUGGAUUGGAAUAUUUAACGACUAAGUGCAAUGCUACGCAGCGUUACGUGAAAGUGACAAGCGCUAAUGAGGAAAAAGAAAUAUUGUUUGAAUAA